AUGGACCCUAUCGAUCCUACAGUCAUCCCUCCUCCAGUUACUCUCAGCUUAGAUACUCCUACAACGGAUCCCAAUAUUACUAUUCCCAUCGAUAUCACACUGGAAGAAACUCCCCGACCUCCACCAGAACCUGUGCUGGUCGACCCCCAACCCCCAGAACCGCAGGAGGCCCCUGCGCCAGACCCGCCCGUCGACACUCAGGAGGAACCUUCCACAGAGUCUAACCCUCCAGAGCCGGAGAAUACCCAAGAGAAUACUCAAGAGAAUGCGGAAGAAAAUCCCGAACGAAAUAAUGAGGCGAAUGCAGAGGAAGAUGCCUUCUGGAUAGACUCGGAAGAAGAUACCUCAGUCCCGGACGAGGCCGAAAUGAAAGAGAUCGAGUCACAGGCCGAGGGUGACUAUAGUGCUCUCGAAUACAAUUACUGGGAGAAGAAUUUCCACCCCGACCUAGACGAUCCCGAGUACCGCCCCAUCGAAAAGGCUCGUCUAACAUGGAAGAUCAACGGGGUGAGAGGCACCAAGGAGCAGCCAAAUCACAUCAAGAUCAUGCGCUCUCCGCCCGCAUAUAUUGGUGGUUACUGGUGGACCAUCAAGUUCUUCCCUCGCGGGAAUAAUGUUGGCUCCCUGAGCAUCUAUAUCGAGUGCUCGCCCACUAUGCCCAAGGUCGACAACACGUUCCCCGAGACCGAGUUUAAGGUCCUUCGCGGGCCCGCUGACACAGUCCUCGAUACAAACCCGCCGGAGAUAGAUUUCAAGUUUGCGCGCACCGAAGAUUCCCAGGCCUGGAUGGAGAACUUCAAGUCUCAAUACCCUGCAGCGGCCAACCAAGCUGAGUCGGCCGCCUCUGAAUCCUGGAGAGUGUCGGCCCAGAUUGGAGUCAUUCUAUACAACCCUGAAGAGCCCCGCACCGGUUGGAUGCAGUCCUCCUGCCACCAGUUUAAUUCACACAACUUGGAUUGGGGAUGGACGAAUUUCCAUGGGCCGUGGGACCAGAUCCACCGCCGCCAGCGCGGCCAGCGACAGGCCCUCCUCCGCCAUGACUCCUUGGCUUUCGAUGCAUACAUCCGUAUCUUUGAUGAUCCCACCCGCUCCUUGUGGUGGCACCCCAGCGACUCCGAGCCGACCUGGGAUAGUUUGAGCCUGACCGGCUAUCGCCCCCUCGGCGAUUCCGUCAUCAACCACAGCGCCGAAGUCGCCGGUCUAGCAACCUGGAUGCAUAUCGCUCCAUUCUGCAACAUCAUCCAGAAGGUCAAUGUGCUUGAGCAUCUGACAAACUGUGAUGUGAAGCCCAAGCCGUUGUGUGAUGCCUUACAGACCUUCCUGUGGCAGCUCCGCUCGCGCGGCCAAUCCCUGCAGUACGUCGACACCGAUCCCAUCACAUCCACCCUCCGCAACCUCCAUGAGUAUUCCAGCGACGUGUGCGAGUUCUGGGAACGGUUACGCCGAACCCUGGAGCUGGAGCUUGCCGGCACCGAGGCAGUGAAGGAGCUUGCCCAAUUGUUCGACAGUCCCUCCAUUGGCACCACCCUCCCGGAUGCUAUCAACACAGUGCCCACCGAUUCCAACUCCCCCAUCUGCAUCCCUGCCGACCAAGUCCAGUCGACCGCGGAGGCUUUCCGUCACUACCUCGGGGCCAAACCGGGCCGCUGGGUGUUGCCUCCGAUUCUGCACCUCGAACUAGGCCGUCAAAAGCUAGACAAGGCGGCUCGCCAAUGGCGCCUCCUCUAUAACCGGGUGGAUCUCGACGAAGAGUUGGACCUGUCCCCAUUCCUCCUCGAUGGGCAACACGGAAAAUAUGUGCUCUAUGGAUACAUCGUCCACCGAGGACGGCGCACGUCCGGCAAAUUCUUCAGCAUCUUGCGCCCCGGUGGGCCCGGCACAAAGUGGCUCGCGUUCGAUGAUGGCAGCGACAAUCGUGUCGAAUGUUUGACCCGGAAAACCGCACUCGGGCCUCACCUCGGCUUGGAUUCCUCGCAAAAAGCGGACCACAAGACCGGGCACGAUGUCGCCAUUGCGGUCAUGUAUAUUCGCAGCGAUGUGGUCAAUGAUUUCCUCCCGGGCCCGCAGGGCCCAUGGGAUGUGUCGGAAGAUCUCAAGGAAUACUACGAAAACGGCGCCAUCAGCCGUCCCAAGAAGUCGUCUAACAACAACAAGACAGUGGAAGAAGAAGAAGAUAUUCAAGUGGAGGUUUACUCGUUACAGAAAUAUGAUGAGCUGGGCAGCUUGUUCGAUACCUAUGACCUCAUGUCGCAAGCAAAGGCCGCUAAAAGUGUCAUGUAUCUGACCGUUCCUCGCUCCACCAAUCUCAUCGACCUACGCAAAAGGAUAACCACAUGGGCCUCGACCAGGACGGACAAAGAGAUUAGUCCCGAGCACGUUCGCCUCUGGCAGAUUGGCCACACCCGUGAUCGGUUUGGGCCAACACUGGCAUUCGCCCGGGUUUCGGAUCUAACGACUACCCUCGAUCAGCCCCUGGAGUCUGUGCGUUACUGGAUGCAGAUAGUGUCGGAUGUGGACGCCAAGUAUUUUGCCAUGAAAGAUCCCCACUUCCCAGUCACGGUGAACGCCAAAUCUGAGGAGGCUGUCAUCGAACAUCACGGCUCCGAGUCUUCGGACGAAGGACAGCCGGCGCCAGAGACUGGCUUUGCCCAGCCAAGCUCUUCGGCGAAUGCUUCUCGGAGCCAUUCACAUGAAGAGAGCACCGAAACCCCUCCUCAGCCUGCGCCUCAGCUUGUGAUGGAGGCGGUCAACAAUGAGACCACAGAGAAUCCCACCACACCUGCUGCUAGCGAGGAGCCCGCUCAGAACGCGACCUCUUCCGAUUCAGUUCCCCCCGAAGGUUCUUCCAACGAAAAUGAUGCCGUCAUUGCGGCGAUCAUCGCCCAUGAUCUCGAGCAGCUUGACGAAAGCCAGCCUUCUGCCACCAAUCCAGAGCAGGACACUGGCGCAGCGCCCACUCCGGAGGGCGAAACUCCCGAACAGCCUGUCGAUGAUGCGCAGCCGCCCACCACCCCAGAGGAGCCAGAAGUCAUCUUGCCAGUGGAGCAUGUUUACUACUACAUCCAGCUCUUUGAUAUGGAGGCACAAGUCUUGCGGACUGUUGGGUCCUUCUUCUCCCAAAAGGAGGAACAGAUCAAAGCCGCCAUCAAAAAACACCUCGAAUGGCCCGCCACCAAGGACUUUCAGAUCUGGCAACGCGUGGACGGCACUACCGUCACCACCAUUGCCUCUGCCGAAACCUUUGAGAUGUUCGUUCCGGAUGGGACAUGCUUUAUCGUUGGCGACAAGUUGAACAAAGACAAGCGAGCCCGACUAAACGAAGCUGGAUCCUUUGCCAACCCCGACCAACUGGUUCGAUACCUAUGGGCCGAGUCUCGUCGCCACCCAACUCGCGCCUUCACCGGAACGAAGACCAUCGACGCCACCUUUACCAGCGAGUUCUACAGCGGAGAAUUCAUGAAGGGUUACUUCCACGGCAAGGGUAAGCACAUCUCCGACUCCGCUGCUACCUACGAUGGUGAUUUCGUCCUGGGCAAACGCCACGGCAAGGGCAUGAUGGAGUAUCCCACGGGCGACACAUACGACGGAGACUGGUUUGAGAACCAGUGCCACGGUCAAGGAACCUUUGUCGAGUGCAAGACCGGCAACAAGUACGUGGGCGGCUACAAGGACGGCAAACGCCACGGCAGGGGAAUCAGCUACUGGGAAGUCGCGGACGAGGAAAUGGACCUCUGCCAGAUCUGUUUCGGAGAAGAACAAGACGCUCUGUUCUAUGACUGCGGCCACGUCUGCGCGUGCGUGGCCUGCGCCCGACAGGUCGAUAUCUGUCCCAUUUGCAGGAAGAAUAUCCUAAACGUGGUAAAGAUCUAUAGGACCUAG